AUGUUCACUUUGAAUAGUAGAGAAAAUAUUCCAAAUACUACAGGUUCAGUUGUGAAUAAAGAAGAAUUUCAAUAUUUAAAUUUAAUUCGUGAUAUCAUCGAAAAUGGUUCGGAUAAAGAAGAUCGUACCGGUGUCGGUACAAAGUCUAUAUUUGGACCGCCAAAUAUGAAAUUUAACUUGAGACAAGGCAGAUUUCCAUUAUUAACAACAAAGCGAGUAUUUUGGAGAGGUGUAGUAGAAGAAUUGUUAUGGAUUAUUAGUGGUAGUACGGAUUCAAAAUUAUUAGCACAAAAAAAUGUCACAAUAUGGAAUGAAAAUGGAUCAAAAGCAUUUCUAGACAAAUUAGGUUUUAUCGACAGAGAAGAAGGUGAUCUGGGACCAGUUUAUGGUUUCCAAUGGCGUCAUUUUGGUGCUGAUUAUCUUGAUUGCAAAACUGAUUAUAGUGGUCAAGGCAUCGAUCAACUAAAAGAACUAAUUCAUCUAAUAAAAACUGAUCCUAAUUCACGUCGAAUGAUUUUGUGUUCAUGGAAUGCGAAAGAUUUAUCAAAAAUGGCAUUACCACCAUGUCAUGUUUUGUGUCACUUUAAUGUAACGAAUGGUGAAUUAUCUUGUAUAUUAUAUCAACGUUCGUGUGAUUUAGGUUUAGGUGUACCAUUUAAUAUUGCUUCUUAUUCUUUGUUAACUUAUAUGAUAGCUCAUGUAUGUAAGUUAAAUGUAGGAGACUUUUGUUAUUGUUUGGGUGAUGCACAUGUCUACAAAAAUCAUAUUGAACCAUUGAAAGAACAAAUUGAACGACAGCCAAGGCAAUUUCCACAAUUAAAAAUUAUUCGACAAGUGGAAACAAUUAAUGAUUUUCAAUUUGAAGAUUUUCAAUUGGAAAAUUAUGAACCAUAUGGACCAAUCAAAAUGAAAAUGGCUGUAUAG